AUUUCUUUUCUUUUUCAGAAUGACUAUGUCUCUGGAACAAAGUGUGGGUUCUGUAUCAGGCGUAAGAAAAAGGCUUUCCAACGGUACUGUGCUUACAUAGCACAUGUUAAAUGUCACAGUAAACCGGACCAAUAUACAUGUUCUUCGUGUUCUGAGGAAUUUCCCUAUUUCGUGCUUUAUCUACAUGCAGUACACCGUAUAUUUCGUCUUUUAAGGAAAAUUGAUAGCAGGAAGUUGCGGACACCAAAGUGGAAAGAGAAUUUACCCAAUGAAAUGAAAUCUCGCGGUGAUCUGCUGUCCGAAAAAGGAGUUGAUGAAACCGCUAAUCGCUCCACAGUCUCGCUUAAAGGACGACGGAAGACUUAUGCGUGUAGCAAAUGUGCAAAAAUCUUCUGCCGUCCUUCGGAACUGCAGAGGCAUUCUGUUGUACACUCCGGUGAGGAUUACAGUUCCACUUUUUUAUUAAUUGUAUCUCCGCCGAAGUGGAAAUGCGAUAUGUGUGAUAACGUGUACGCCCACAAAUCAGGUUUGGAGAGUCACAAGAAAGCUGUUCAUGAACACCCACUAAAAAUGUGCGUCCAUAGAGGGAUAAGUUCUAAACAAUUGAAAAUCAAUGAAGAAAGAUUAUUCCAGAAAUCGAAUCUGUUUCGCCAUAUCAAGAUGCAACAUCCUCUUGAAGUGAAAAAGCCUGUACUCGAUUGUCCAGAGUGUAACUGCGUGUUUGCUAACUAUAGGACUCUCACCAGACAUCGUAGGUCGGCGCAUGGCACAUCCUGCCUCCCUUCAUUUCUCUGUAAUGUCUGUGAGCGCUCCUUUCCAAAGGAAUCGCGGUUACGCCGACACAUGCUAGUGCAUAACAAUAACGAUGCAUCAAAACCAUUUCCAUGCAAAAACAUCCUCAUUCUGAAAUUCGACAACCGCCCAAGUGAGACGUUCUUAAUAGUUUUACCAUUCACAGAUCGUAUCCGAGAUUUCUUCUUUAGAAAUUAUCGCUGUCAACUUUGUCCCAAUUCAUUCUAUUCUUUUCGAGCGUAUAAAGAACACUGUUCCCAACAUCAAGGACUGCGUCCUCAUCUCUGCUGGACUUGCCACAAAUCAUUUCGAACUACUGGUCAGUUACUUGAACUUCAUAAGGAAGUUCAUAAUCGAGGACCUGUUUACUGCGAGUAUUGUCCUGCAAUCCUCCAAGGACGAAACCAGUAUAGUCAACAUGUACAGUCAAUGCAUCAAUCGGAAUCGGGAGUAACAAAGCACACUGGCGUUGAACUAACGGACAGAGUGCGUGUUUUGGAUUAUAAUUUAGAUGAUUUAGUCGUACCGGACGAUAGAGCGGUUCGUUGCCAGGUAUGCAAGCAUCUUUAUAACUCAAUUUCCCAUCUGGUGAACCACUGGAUCGGUUGUGGAUUCGAUCGUGAUCACUCGUUCUGUGUGGUUGCUUGUCCACUAUGUCUCUAUCGGCGAACUUAUGAGAAUCUGUUUACAAAAAAAGUCAAAUUCGUAAGAGUUUUGCUGUGCAUAAUCAUUCGUUGCUUUUUAUUCAGAGAACAGAACACGUUCAUUGAAGAGAACGAAGAUUUCGGGUUUAUCGAAUCACAAGUGAAGACAAGGCAUAAAUGUCAAGUCUGUGGUUCGUCGUUCAAGAAGCCGAGCGAUUUAGUCAGGCAUAUUCGUGUUCACACUGGUGAAAGACCGUUUUCAUGUGAUAUUUGUCAGCGUAGCUUCCGUGUUGCUAGCUCGUUGUAUGCUCAUGUACGAACUCACACGAGGUUACAAGCUGAGCAUCCUUGUAGAGUUUGCGGAAUUGAGUUCUAUUCUAAAAGUUCUCUUGCUUUACAUCUGAGAAUACACAACGGCGAGAAACCUCUACAAUGCAAAGAUUGCGACGCUACGUUUCGGUUAGUUGCCUGGAUGCUGACUACAUUUGUAGUACUGGACAUGUUUUCACAUAUAAUUUAUACUUUCACCACUUUAUUUUAUCCAGAAACUCUUUCUAUCAAAUUUUCAGAACGAGUGCUGCACGUCGACACGGCUCAAAUUAGUUCCCUGCCGGCAAAGCCAAUCAAGUUGUCAAGUGGGUCAGCGUUCUCAGCUUUGGUGAGAUUCCUUCGAUUUCAUUUUUACGACUUUUAUUCACUUAGCAGAUUUCAUUCGUAUAUGUUCCUUAACAUUGUUUGGUGUGAUAUUUGUGAAGUAGAUCUGAGCACGAAAGAAGCUAGCGACGCUCACUUCUUGUCUGAGGAUCACGAGACUGCCCAAGUAAGCUGCUCCUUCGAGCACAUUAACGAGCGAACUGAUUUCACAUGUAAAUUAUGUGGACGGAAAUUUCUUGAUAUGGAACCUUUGGUGGCACAUAUUCGCUUAGAGCACGAGCGUGAUCAUCCACAAGGAAUCACCCGUCCAGUAGCUAGAACCGCUCCAAUUCAUUGA